UAUUAUUUUACUUAUAAAAUGAAACAGAUUUACAUUAAGCUAGUGUAUGUUACUAUAUUUUAUGUUCAGUUAAUACAAAGUGAGGAUUAUACUUGUGUUUGGUACAAAGAAUGUGGUUAUAACGAAGAUAAUAAAGUACGUAAUUGUCUAUCGAAUACUACUGCACAAUUAAUUAAUGAUGAAGAUGCUGAAAAAAUUCUUGUAAAAAGAUGUCCACAUUUAUUCGAAGAUACAAAUCAACCAAAGACUUGUUGUGAUAGUCAACAGAUAAGAACGAUGGAUUCGAGUAUGGAAAUGGCAGAACAAAUUUUCGGUAGAUGUGCCAUUUGUUUAAGAAAUCUUUUUCAAUCUAUUUGCGAUUUUACUUGCAGUCCCGAUCAAAGCAGAUUUAUGAAUGCAACUGAAAUUAAAGUCAAUAAAAACGGUGACGCAUAUAUUGAAGCACUCGAGAUAUUUUUAUCAGAAGAAUAUGCAAAUUCAACUUACGAUUCCUGUAAGGACGUUGUGAAUCCAUCGAGUGGAAUGUUAGCUAUGGAUUUUGGAUGUAACGGCGCUAAGGAUUGCACGCCGAAACGCUGGUUCGAUUAUAUGGGUAAUAGUAAUAUCAAUAGUUUUGUCCCAUUUUUUAUUGACUACGUUUUUAAUGCUAGCGAAUUACAAUCAAAAUUUAUUACUCAUUCCCUGAAUCCCAAAACUAAAAAUUGCAGCGAGCGAUAUGAUAAUUCAACUUUAGCAUGUAGUUGCGUUGACUGUAGAUUAGCGUGCAAAGUAAAUAAUAUACCUAUUUAUAAUAAAGCUCCCAUUGAUUCCUGGAAUAUAUAUGGAAUUGUAGCAGGUUUAACGAUUAUUGGUAUUAGCACAUUAUUUACAAUUGGUUUUUACCUUUAUGGUUUUAAAAGAAAAGCAAAUAACUAUGAUUUAGAAAUAUCAUUUACUGAUAGUGACUCAAAUCUUGGAAAAUUGAACAAACAGAAAACUUACGGUGAACAAUUUCGUUCAGCACUACAAUCUAUUUUUAUUUUUAUUGGAACAUUUUUUGCUCAAUACCCUAUAAGUUCACUAGCUAUUAUUGGAAACAUUGCUAUUUUACUAAGUUUAGGAGUUUCAAGAUUAACUAUUACAUCAAAUCCUAUAGAAAUUUGGUCUGCACCAAAUAGCCGUGCACGAUUAGAAAAAGAUUUUUUCGAUAAACAUUUCCAACCUUUUUAUCGUACUGAGCAGAUUUUUAUCAAAUCAGUGAAUCUUGAAAAGUUCUAUUACAACAUUUCAAAUGAAGAACUAGAAUUCGGUCCUAUUUUCCAAAAGAACUUUUUAUUACACGUAUUAGAUUUACAAGAAAAAGUAAUGAAGCUUGGACAAGACGAGGAUGAAGGUCUAGAAAAAAUUUGCUAUGCUCCGGUAAAAAAUGAUUUUUCUGGUCCAAUGACUCUAUCAUAUUGCACAAUACAAAGUAUAUGGGGUUAUUUUAAAAAUAAUAUUGAAGAAUGCAAUUCCAAUUAUUUACAAAAAAUAUACGAAUGUUUAGAAAAUCCUUUUAAUAUAAAUUGUCUGGCGCCUUAUAAAGGUCCAAUUAUUCCAGCCAUAUCAUUGGGUGGAUUUUUGAAAGACGGCAAAUCUGAUUAUAAUGCUAACGAUUACAUAAAAUCAACAGGAUUAGUUAUAACGUUUUUAGUUAAAUUUCCACAUGAUACAGAAACAUUAAAUCUCGCAUUAAAAUGGGAACAAAGAUUUAUUGAUUUUAUGAAAAAUUGGGAUAAAUAUGAUCGUCCAGAUUUUAUUGACGUUGCUUAUUCAACGGAAAGAUCAAUUGAAGAUGAACUGGAGCGAACAUCAAAGGCUGAAGCAGUGACAAUGAUUUUGAGUUAUUUGCUUAUGUUUAUUUAUAUUUCAAUGGCUUUGGGAGAAUAUAAAUUAUCCUAUCAUUGUUUUAUUACUAGUAGAAUUGCUUUAAGUAUAGGCGGAAUACUUAUAGUACUUUUAUCAGUUAGUUGUGCUGUAGGAGUAUUUGGUUAUAUUGGUGUACCAACUUCACUUCUUACAGUGGAAGUCAUUCCAUUCUUAGUAUUAGCUGUAGGUGUUGACAAUAUCUUCAUUUUAGUUAGAGAGCAUAUGAAAACUCCUCGUAAACCAGACGAAUCUAUACCAGCUCAUAUAGGAAGAAUUGUAUUUUUACAUUUGAAAAGAACAAUUCGAUAG